AUGGUGGAGAAACCAAUCGGAGGAGCCCUGGCAUUCAGCCAACUUGACGCCUGGACCGACAGCUCCCUCAAUCAUCGGGCAAGCGCUCAUGUAUUGGUGACCAAUGGCCUUGUCAUGGAGCACGACACUUUGCAGUGCCGGGUGAGCAGCACCAAACCUGAUAUGCUUGUUAUCUCAUUCACCAUGAGCCCUUCCUUCUCCCUUCCAGAAGCGAAGCUCUCGUACCUGCUCCCAAAGAUUCAAGAGGCUUAUGGUGAGGGGGUUGCUGCCGACCAGGAGGCCUGUUUGCGAAUCUUGAAAUCCUCGCCUCGUUACAUCUCGUGCUUGCAGAAUCUGGCGAGUCUUCGUGGCCAAACCGCUGAAGGUGAUCCCCUUACCGUCGAGUUUCGUAUGACAGCUCCCUUCCACAUUCACGAUGAUCUUGUGACACAGAAGGAAGACCCCAUCUUCUAUGGGUUCGAAGUUUCACAUGACAAUGGUGAAACCAACGUUUACUUUGAGCUGAAAGAGAAAGAAAAGGAGUUCAAGCCUGUUAUGAUCAAUGGAUUGCACCCAUCGUCUUCCAACCAAGCUGCUGGCAGGGCGAGGAAGGGCAUGUUUCAGAGUUUUGGGAUGUCAUCCAUUCCUGAAAGUGUGAGCUUUGUGUCGCCCUCAAAGGCUCACCGUAGUAGGCAGAGUGGUAGCCACGGACAUGAAGACGACAGCUCCACCACCCAGACUGAAGACCAGCAUGGUUCUGGUCGAAUGGAUGUUGACACCGCAUACAAUGCCGACGACGAUGAUUCGUGGGAUUCGCAGCUUGGUGAAGACAGCACGACAGGACCUGGUGAAUCGGAAGAGAUCACAAAGUUGCGACGGGAGCUUGAGGCUAUGCAGUCGAUCCUCUCAGGUAUUACUCAAGCCAAGUCGUUUGGCAGUGAUGAUGGUAGCAAGUCAGCAAAGCAUGCCGGCAAUCUCAAGAAGAUGAAGACCAAUGAUGGUUAUGCUUCAAGCAACUCCAUUGCUGGUGACAGCAAGGCUUCUCGUCGCAGCACUGUGACUCGAGGAACCAAAGCCCGAGAUGACAAACGUAAGAAAGCUGCCUCUGAUGCUAGUGAUGACACCAUUAGAAAGAAGGCUGACUAG